UGAAUCUUUGAUUGUACAAUAACAAAGACGAAGCGGAUUGCGGUUGUAUUUGAAGUUGCCAUGUGGGAUUUGGAGUUUGUAGCAGAAGUAUAGAUAGAAAUAUUUUCAUUUUUUCAAAUCGACAUGAAGUUCUGUUACAAGUUUUCCAACUUACUUGGAACAGUGUACAGGAAAGGCAAUCUAUUGUUUACACCGGACGGUGACUCGGUUGUUAGCCCAGUAGGAAACAGGAUAACGAUUUACGAUUUGAAAAACAAUCGUUCAACAACUCUUCCAGUCGAAAGUAGAUUCAACUACACCACCACUGAAAUCUCACCAAGUGGUUCUAUCUUAAUAUCUGUAAAUGAAGCUGGUGAAGCACAUCUGAUUAGUUUAAUCAGUCGAACUGUUAUACACAGGCAUCAUUUCAAACAUUCAGUUAGUUGUGUGAAGUUUAGCCCAAAUGGCAAACACUUUGCUGUUUCCAAAGAAAAUAAAGUAUUUAUUUACAGAUCACCAGAUAACCUAGCUGGUCUCAUUAAUCCGUUUAUAAUGGAAAGAGUUUUUCAUGAUGCAACUGAUGAUGUGACAUGCAUUGAGUGGGCUUCUGAUUCCAGGAUUCUGGCUGUUGGUUCAAAGGAUAUGUCAACAAAAUUGUACAGUCUACAAAAAUUGGCAAAUUUUCAAUCAUACUCACUGGGUAGCCACACAGAUUCCCUGGUGGGUUGCUUUUUUGAGGAUAAUUCUUUAGACCUAACUACAGUUAGUUCCAAUGGACAAGUCUGUGUUUGGGAAUGCAACAUUGGUAUAGACGACUUAGUGGCUCGAGAACCUCCACAAAAAAAAUUGCGAGAAACUAAAGAUGAAAGUGGCUCUGAAGAUGAUACACCAAGGAGAAAAGAAGAAAGCAGUUUGUCAAGUGAAACAAGAGCAUCACAGGACUUUGAGAAGCUGUUCUACACAAGACUAGGAAGGCAUUACCUCUGUGAUGAGUUUAAAGGCCAGCUCGGUGUCAGGCUUACUGCUGCUACUUACCACCGCAAGACUCGUCUUCUAGUUACAGGAUAUUCCACUGGUGCAUUUCUCCUGCACGAGCUUCCUGACGUCAACCUUAUACAUUCUUUAAGUAUAGAUACAGCAAUAUCAGCCCUCGCACUAAAUCGAGAGGGUGACUGGUUGGCAGUUGGCAGCCCAGGACUUGGACAGUUGCUAGUAUGGGAAUGGCAAAGUGAAACUUACAUUAUGAAACAACAAGGCCAUUUCAACAAUAUGCGAUGUCUCUCGUACUCCCCUGAUGGUCAGCACAUUGUGACUGGUGGAGAUGAUGGGAAGGUUAAAUUAUGGAAUACAAGCACGGGAUUUUGUUUUGUAACGUUUACUGAACACACUGCUGGCAUCUCUGCUGUCCAGUUCAGUCCUAACAGAAAAUUUGUGGUUUCUGCAUCUCUGGAUGGAACAGUUCGUGCAUUUGAUAUGGCCAGGUACCGCAACUUUAGGACAUUUACAUCUCCUAGGCCAGUUCAGUUUUCAUGUUUGGCAAUUGAUUCUAGUGCGGAAUUUGUUGCAGCUGGAGGACAAGAUGUUUUUGAAAUCUUUUUAUGGUCAUUAAAAAUUGGAAGACUUGUAGAGGUAUUAAGUGGGCAUGAAGGACCAGUUUCAAGCAUUGCAUUCAACCCCAGCCCUGCUAGCACUGCAAUGGCAUCUGUGUCGUGGGACAAAACACUUAAGUUAUGGAAUGCUGUAGAAUCAGGCGGUAUGCAUGAAACUGUGCAGCUGUCUGCAGAUGGUUUAUGUGUAGCAUACGCUCCCUCUGGCCAAGAGGUGGCUGUAGCAACACUUGAUGGUCAAGUUUCAUUCUUUAACAUUCGCACAUCACAGCAAACGGGCAGCAUUGAAGGCCGUAAUGACCUGGGCAGUGGUCGAUCUGAAACUGAUCUCAUUACAGCGAAAAAAAAUCUUCAGGGAAAAGCUUUCAAUAGCCUUUGCUACACUGCUGAUGGAAAAUGUAUAUUAGCAGGAGGACAGUCAAAAAAUGUAUGCAUAUAUAGUGUCAAUGAAUCGAUGCUUAUAAAGAAAUUUGAAAUCACACAGAACCGCUCACUUGAUGCUGUGGAUGACUACAUCAACAGACGAAAGUUAACGGAGUUUGGGAACUUGUCACUGGUGGAGGAACGAGAGCAGCUUGAAGGAGGAAAUGUCAGUGUAAAUUUGCCAGGGGUCAGACGAGGCGAAAUGGCUGCUCGUGCCACGAAACCAGAGGUUCGAGUGUCAUGUCUUCAAUUUUCUCCUACAGGUGAAGCAUGGGCUGCAGCAACUACAGAAGGUCUUCUUGUGUAUGCACUAGACACAGCACUGGUGUUUGAUCCCUAUCAAUUAGAUGUUGAUAUAACACCUUCUACUGUUCGAGAAAAAUUGUAUGACCAGGAAUUUUCUGAAGCUUUAAUGAUGGCACUGAAACUGAAUGAAAAAGACUUAAUUAAGGAAUUGACUGAAAGCAUUCCAACAGAUUAUGUUAACCUGGCUGUUCAGUCUCUUCCUUUGCCAUAUGUUGAGAAGAUGUUGAAAUUCUUGGCUGAAAUGGUAGAGUCAUCAAGGCAUUUGGAGUUCUAUUUAAUUUGGGUCCAAACCUUGCUGACUCUGCAUGGGCAGAGACUGCAGAAUCCUUCAUCACAUUCCACAAUAACAAGUUUUCUCAUCAGACUGCAGAAAAACUUAAAUAAAAAGUACCAGGACCUCAUGAAAAUAUGUGACUUCAACAAGUAUACCAUUAGAGUGCUGCAGAAUGUAGCAGAACACCGAGAAAAGGCCGCCUUAGCACUAGAAACUCUCUCUGUAAAUGAUGACAAUCUGAUGUCUGAGUAAAAUAUUUUUUUAUCAAUUUUUAAUAAAAAUUAUAUUGAAACAUGUC